AUGGGGUUCCUCUCAAAUCAUGAGAAAUUAUUGGUAGGUCAUAAUUCCUUAGGAGGCAUUGUUUCCGAAGUGAAUUUUGCCAGACUCUCAAAAUUGAAGAUUUUGUAUAUGUCUUCAAACCCUCUUUUCUUCAACGUGAACUCUAAUUGGGUUCCUCCCUUCCAACUUGAGAUGCUUAGUAUGAGCUCCUGCAAUAUGGGUCCAAGUUUUCCUUCAUGGCUACAAACACAAGUAUCUUUGUGGGUAUUAGACAUUUCCCAAUCGGGAAUUUCAGGUGCAGCUCCAGAAUGGUUGUGGAAGUGGGUGUCAGGUAUUGAUUCUAUCAAUCUCUCCAACAACCAGAUAAAUGGAGACAUAUCGAACGUGUUCCUAAACUAUAGUUUUGUUGAUAUUAGUUCUAAUCGUUUCGAGGGUUCAUUACCACGUUUGUCUCCAAAUGUUAGAUAUUUGAACCUUGCAAACAAUUCUUUCUUUGGACCCAUUUCCUCAUUCUUGUGCCAAGAGAUGAAUGGAGAAAGUAUGUUGGAGGUUCUGGAUGUAUCAAAUAAUAUAUUAUUAGGUGAACUUUCUCAUUGCUUGUUGCAUUGGCAACAUCUGACCCAUGUGAACGUGGGAAGCAACCACCUAUCUGGUAAAAUUCCAAAUUCAUUGGGUUCGCUGAGGUUUCUCGAAUCUUUGCAAUUGUAUGAUAAUAAUUUCUUUGGAGAAAUACCUUUAUCAAUGCGAAACUGCACCUAUUUGAGCCUCAUUAAUUUAGGUGGAAAUAAAUUUACCGGACUCAUUCCGAGUUGGAUUGGAGACAUUUUAGACUUGAAGUUAGAUGUUAAAAAUGCCUUUUUGCAAGGUGACUUGGCAAAAGAGGUUUAUAUGGAGCAACCACCUAGGCUUAUUGCUCAGGGGGAGCAUCUUCACACUGUUUAUCGCCUUAAAAAGGCCCUGUAUGGAUUGACAUAG